AUGUUUGGCAAUACGUAUUAUUUAUUGUUUUUUCGCAAAAAUAAUGUGGAUUUUAUUUUUGAAGUUGGUCGUACCCAUUUUCGGACAAAGGAGAAUAUCUGGCUUCUUGCUCGCAUGACAGGUAGGACUUAUAGGCUUGUUAUACCUUAUUCUUUACUUAAUUUGAAGUUCCAACAACAUUUUAUUUUAGGAAAGUGUUCAUCUGGAAAGAAGUAGCUAAUAAAUGGACUCGAAUCUACGAAUAUACUCAACACGAAGCCAGUAUCAAUUCCGUAGCAUGGGCUCCACAUAAUUACGGUCUAAUCUUUGCUUGUGGUUCUACAGAUUGUACGAUUUCGAUUGUCACGAAUUACGACGACAUUUGGAAGCCUGCUAAAAUCUUCAAUGCUCAUGAACAAGGUGUAAAUGCGGUUUCAUGGGCUCCAGCCAAAGGAAGUCGAACUGUUAUCAAUGUUAAUGAGAUUAUCAUGCCGAAAAGAGUUGUGUCUGGAGGGAACGACAAAAUGGUCAAGGUUUGGAGGUGAGUUUUGGGGUUUUUAGUUCAAAAAUUUGGGAUUUUAUGUUGUAGUAGAGGUAAGUCAACUAAAAGCAUUAGAUCUGAAGUAAAAGCAUUGUUUUAUUGAAGGUAGUAAUAUUUUGAAUAGAAUGACUAGUUUGUAAAUUAUUUUCAUGUGUGUCAAGUGGCAUUUUAGUUAGAGUUUUCUGUUUUUUAGAAAAAUUUCAUUAAUUUUUGGUGUUACAUAAUAAAAUAUGAAAAAAUAUUUUCAGAGAAGUGUCAGAGGACAAGUGGGAGCUUGAUACGGAACUGGCCGGUCACACUGAUUGGGUACGAGACGUGGCGUGGGCUCCAGUGGAAUCACAUAAUCAUUUUACUAUUGCAUCAUGUGGAUCUGUAAGCUAUUUAUUCUAGUUUUGUAUUGUCUUGUACUUCAUAAGAUUCGAUAUAUUUUAAGUACUGGUUUUUACAAAAAUUAACAAAAAAACUCUAAUUUUUCAUUUUCAGGACGGAAUGGUCAUUAUCUGGCGAACUGACAACAUAGGAGCCAAAACAUGGAAACGAACGGUCCUAUGCAACGUAGAAGCGCCAGUUUAUAAUGUCAGUUGGAAUUCGAACGGUACAGUAUUGGCUGUCGCCUUCUCCGACAAUCGUGUCGCAUUAUACCAAGAACGGACACAAAACAAUGCUCUCUUUUAG